AACAUGUGUACUUUGUUACAUCUGGGACGCAUAAAAGAGACCGGAGACGCCUAAAGAAGGACGACAAGAGCUUGUCCGGUUGCGAGCAAGUGAGUCUUCUGACAUGGAGCGCAUCAAAAAGUCGUCUGAAUGGGUUCCCGCCCGUUACGUCCUGACCGCCAUGUUCUUCCUGGGGAUGAUGAACGCCUACAUCCUCCGCUCCAACAUCAGCGUCGCCAUCGUCGCCAUGAUCAGGACCCCAACGGCUGACGGGAACGGGACAGACCCGUCCACCAGCAUCUGUGGAGAAUUCAGCUUUGGAGCAACAGAUGCCAAUAAAACUACGAACCAAGGAGAGUUCGACUGGGACGAGACGCAGAAAGGCCGCAUCCUUAGCGCCUUUUUCUACGGGUACGUCUUCAUGCAGGUGCCGGGGGGAUAUCUGGAGACCAAGUUCGGUGGGAAGAAGGUGUACGGCAUAAGCAUGCUGAUAGGUGCGGUGUUGACGCUACUGACUCCCGUGGCGGCCAGAACGGAUUUCUGGUUCCUGUUCUUUGUGCGAUUCUUCAUGGGGUUCUUUCAGGGCGUAAUUUUUCCUGCUCAUCACGGUAUGUGGGGGAAGUGGGCACCGCCUCUUGAGCGGAGCAGACUGUUGUCCAUGACGUGUACAGGUACGAAUGUCGGAACGGUGAUCGCUCUGGCACUGUCUGGGUACAUCACAGACAUGCUCGGUUGGCCCUGGGUCUUCUACAUCACAGGAAUCGUCGCCCUGGUGUGGUUUGUGGCAUGGAUGCUGCUGGUGCAUGAUUCACCCGCCGAGCACCCAAGGAUCUCCGAAGAAGAACGAGAGUACAUCGAAAAUUCCAUAGGAACAAAUGCAAAAGAGGAUAUCCCGGUACCAUGGUUGGAGUUUGCAAAAUCCAGAGUUGUGUGGUGCCUUCUGAUUGGUCACUUCUGUAACAACUGGGGAAACUACACUAUGCUGACUAAUCUUCCCAAUUACAUGGACGCCAUCUUGGGCUUCAACAUUGCAGAGAACGGCCUUCUCUCUGCCCUGUCACCGCUGACUAUCUGGGUCUUCACUGUCACUGGAGGAUGGAUCAUUGACGUCAUCAGGUCACGUGAUAUCCUGGACACCCUGAACUCCCGGAGGCUACUAACGUCAAUGGGACAGUUCCUUCCCGCAAUAUUUCUUAUCAUAUCUGGAUUUGUGGGGUGUGACCGCGCAGCCGCAGUGGCGAUGUUGGCUCUGUCAGCCGGCUUUGGUGGGCUGUCAACACCAGGGUUUAAGAUCUGCCACAUUGAAAUCGCCCCGCGGUUCGGAGGCAUACUGUUCGGGAUCACCAACGUGUUCGGGUCAAUCCCAGGAUUCGUUGCGCCCGAAAUCAUUGGUGCUAUGACAAACAACAACCAAACUCGAGAGGCCUGGAUGAACAUAUUCUGGAUCGGCGCAGUGAUAUACGUCUUCGGAGGGAUAGUAGUCCUUCUGUUUUUGCGCACAGACAUUCAACCUUGGGCAAUGGCGCCAGACGAAGUUAGUCCUGAUGUCAUCUUUCUCGAGGACGUCUCAAACGCCCCAAACCAGAAGCACAACGAACAGCAAACGACUAGAGAAAAUGCUGAAUUAAUUUAGAUGACACGAAAAUGGCAUUUUCGUGCUGCUAUUCCGUGCAAAACUAUGCUUACAAUUUACAAAUACUUCAUACUUAUCCAGUUUUUGUAGUCAUAUUUUGUAGUGUAUGGAGGUUUUGUUUACUUUGUGCCUGAGUGCUUGCUUGUGUUUCUAUAGUUGCUUCCAGUCUUCAAGUUUCCUGCUAUAUUAUGGAGGCCAGCGAAAAAUAUGUAUGAAAAAGUAAUGAAUAAAAGAAUCACAAAACCUCAGGUAGUGAUGAAAAGGUCACGUCAGAGAUUCACCAGAAUGAUGGGUCAUCACUAGGAUGGCGUAGUGGCAGAGCGUUCGACUAUGAAGCGGGGAGACCCGGGUU